GCGGGAUCAUGGCAGCAGUGAGACGCCGCCGCUGUUGCUGGUGUGUCUCUGCUGUGAUGAGGUGCUGAUGCUUUCUGCUGCAUCUGUUUUGUCAGGGCAGACUGUAGUGAUCGAAAGAGAAAGGCAAUGGAGUACAUGCUGACCCAAAGUAUCGAUAACGCCAGGUUGGAAUUGCUGCUGGAGCUAGAUGUGAUGGAUUACCUCGAGGCAUUUUACCCCUUGGAGGACACAGCACUCUACCAGGACAAUAUGCUUUCGCUGGAGCAGCACUCGGAUGAAGGAGUGCCAGAGAAUAGGGCCAGGGACGGUCAACAGCCGACCUUCUACUCUGUCAGAUAUGGCACAGUGGAAGAUUUACUUAACUUUGCAAAUCAGGUGUCUAAUACGUUCCGCAAUUACCCCCAACGCUUCCGAAACCGCGAGACAGGAGUAAUAUUAAACAAGAAGGAUAUAGUUAUUAAAAAUGGACAUUAUCAGAUUGAUUCAGAAGUCUUCCUGUUUCCAUGGAAGUUUGCCCAUAGGAACAUUGGUCCUGGUUACAUUCCUCGAGGUACUUUUGGAAAGUGCCACCUUGCACAGGACAGAGAAACAAAGAAGCGGAUGGCAUGUAAAUUAAUACCAGUGGAAUUUUUUAAGCCUGCUGAUAUACAAAUACAAGCACAAUUUCGCCAUGAGAACAUUGCAGAAUUAUAUGGUGCCUUACUGUGGAAUGAAACCAUACAUCUCUUCAUGGAGGCAGGAGAAGGAGGUUCCGUUGCAGAAAAAUUAGAAAGUUGUGGGCCAAUGAAAGAAUUUGAAAUCAUUUGGUUGACCAAACAUGUCCUCAAAGCACUUGACUUCCUGCAUUCCAAAAAUGUCAUACAUCAUGACAUUAAACCCAGUAAUAUAGUUCUCAUGUCAACCAAGGCAGUGCUGGUAGAUUUUGGUCUUUCUGUCCAGAUGACUGAAGAAACCUACAUUCCCAGAGACAUUAGAGGAACAGAGUUCUAUAUGAGUCCAGAAGUUAUUACCUGCAGAGGCCAUUCAACAAAGUCAGAUAUCUACAGUCUUGGUUCUACAAUCAUCCAUAUGCAGACUGGGAAUCCACCUUGGGUGAAGAGGUAUCCUAGGUCAGCUUACCCAUCAUACCUCUACAUUAUCCACAAGCAAGCUCCACCAUUAGAAGACAUUGCAGAGGAGUGCAGCCCUGCCAUGAGGCAGUUUAUUGAAGCCACGUUGGAGAGAAACCCAAAGCAGAGGUGGUGUGCAGGACAGUUAUUAAAACAUGCAGCACUUAGCCCUCCGCCUGAAGACCAACCACGCUGCCAGAGUCUUGACUCAGCUCUCUUUGAAAUAAGUCGCACCUUUAGGAGAAAAGAGCUGGAGUUACCAGAACAAAUUUGUGAUACUUCUGUGAGCAGCACUGAAGAAUCAACUGUAGGGAAAAGAAAUCGCUCUCUCUAUAUUGACCUGGGUGCCUUGGCUGGAUACUUCAACAUCAUCAGGGGUCCUCCUGGGGCAGAAUAUGGCUGAUUUUCAUUCCCUUCAUCUGCUGGUUUCACAGUGUUGUAAAGAUCAAACGAUGGCAACUACCGGUUGUACAUUCAGUGGAGUCAGACUGGGCGAGGAGUCACUGAACAUUUCAUCAUUGUGAUUAUAGCAUUAAGAAAAAAGUUUUUUUUUAGAUGUUGUAUUACUAAUGUAUUUUGUUUUAGUUAACGCCCCCAUUGUAUGUUUCCUUAGUUUGAAAGGUGCAGUGAUGGAAGAGUGCAGUGUGAAGAAUGUGAAUGGUGUCUAACUGUUUACCAAAACAAAAGCACUCACUUCUUUUCAUCUGUUAUAUUUAACAAUUUGGUUGAUGGAUAAAUGCUCUCAGUCCCCUUCUUUGCUUUCAGUGAUUAUCGCUGAUUAAUGUAUUUCUCUAAUGGAAAAUUUAUUCAAAAUGAUGAGCAUAGACUUGUCAGAAUACAUGUGUUCCUAUGGAAAUAAGAACAUGUAUGUAAUAAAUGCCAUGCAGAUGACUAAAUUGCACACAGUGUGUGCUGUGGGUUUACAGUAACCCAGUAGCUCAGUAAACAUAAUGAGCUAAUAGUUCUGUACACCCUAUGGGAUGGCUAAGUCUCUGCUUUGUUCUGCAAAGGACUUGUUAAACAAUAAUGGAAACAUAUCAUGCGUUAGCAGCAUGAGAUAACAAGGUGUAGAGCUGGAUGAACACAGCAGGCCAAGCAGCAUCAGAGGAGCAGGAAGGAUUUCUGAAGAAGAAUCUAGGCCCAAAAUGUCAGUCUUCCUGUUCCUCUGGUGCUGCUUGGCCUGCUGUGUUCAUCCAGCUCCACACCUCAUUAUCUCAGAUUCUCCUGUAUCUGCAGUUCCUACUAUCUCUAAUGCAUUAGUAGCAUGUUGUGUCUUACAGUUAUAUUUCUUUGGCUGCCGAAAGGAAGGUAGCAAUUUUAGGUAGCAUAACAUCUAACAUGUUGUUAGCCUAUUUUAACAUUUUUACUGAUUUAAAAUGUUUUGUUUUCUUUCGGAAGUCUGAGAAAAUUUGCAGCUGACCUGUCCUAUGUUAAUUUUUGUGCUCAUGCCUGCAAUAUUCAAAUUGUUGUUCUCCACCCCCCCCCCCCCCGCAAUCUGGAAGAAUGCAACAACGUGGUUGUGCUAUUGGAUUUGUGAUUAAUGGUCUGAAUUAAUACCACAGAGAACAUUUGUCAAUUUGUGAAUAUGAAUUAAUCUAAUGAGAAGUUUGGAUACACAAAAAGAUGACCAUGGGGCCAUAAGGUUGUAUUAAUAACCCAACUCUUUCAUUAGUGUAUCCUUCAGGGAAAGAAAACUGUUAUCCAGUUGGUGCAUCUAUAACUCCACCAAGGCAAUUGCCUCUUAACGUUCCACUGAAGUGACAAAGCAAGUCCACAUUAUUGCAUUAAAUUGCCUAAAAAGACGCACCCGUAUCAUCUCAGGGAAACUAGAGAUGGUUAAUAAAUUCUAGGUUCACUUGCAUUGGCAAAACUGAGAAUGAAUUGAAGACAUGCAGAGAAAGAUAUUUGUCUAAAUAUUUCAGUGCAAUAUUCAAGUUAGUUAGUCUAGCCUGGUGAGAUUUACUGUGUAUUACUGAAACCAUGGAUUUGAAUCUUGCAAGCACUUAUGGUAUAUAGUUUACUUCAUGUUGUGUAUGGGUUUUCUCACUCUGUCUCUGCAAUGCUGUUGUUCAUUUUAAUAAAAAAAAUCCGAGAUUAAUGACUAUAAUUUAUUUGCUCAUGAAAGUGUUUAAAGUUCCUGCUGAGAAACUAAUAUUUUUCAUUAUUUUACAUGUUUUGUUUAUAUUCAUGUCAAUCACUGCUGAUAUAAAAUACACAAGCUACAGUCCAGUUCAGAUCUCCUGAUAGGGUGCACCGCUUACUCCAAGAUUGAAACAUGAGAAGCCUGUGAUCAUAUGAUUUGGCUGACUGUGAGGUGAAGUGAAUCCACAACACAUUUUUCUUUAAGGAAACAUGGCAAUUCUGAUUAAAUCAACAGAGCUGGUUGCGCCAAGAAUCAAUGCAAAAUAUCAUCAAAAUUGAUCAACUCUGGAUCUCCUUGGAUUUUGGGUAUUGAUCAUUGCAACAUCCUUGGACCAAGAAAGGAGGAACAUAUCAGCCACUCUGAUUAUUGUAAUUCCUGAAAAGUAUGGUUUGUACACAGCCUUGUCAACCAGGUUUUGGCUUUGGCCAGAGGAUCUGCACAAAUUGAGGCAUGUUUGCAGAUGUUGAUGCCUCCAGUUUGCAUGAUGUUGAAGAGGAGAUGUUUUUGUCCACCUGCCUCUUCUGACUCCACACAGGCAUAUUUCCUGAAAGACAUUUCUGGUGGGUUGUCACACAACAAGAAAAAUCUCAACAGAUUUUGCUCACAAGUCCUUUAAAUGUUGUAACUAGCACAUUUAAUGGGGCUUCAAAUGUAUGUUGGAUGUCCACAUGAGUUGGCUUAAAAUGUAUGCCACAUGAAUUUGGGAUCACUGCUUGUGUGGAGUAUACAAAUUAGAAAGCUAAACUUGGUGUGUUCAGAGAUUAGGCAUUGAUGAGCAAGAUAGGAGCCAUAACUGCCCUGUUGACAAUUCUUCAGUGACUCCUGGUUUUGUAAAUGGAAAAAUGCUCUUUGGUUUUGCAAUAAGUUGAAUGGAGCCAGCAAGGCCUCCCUCAACUCUCAAGAUUUGAGUUGAAGUUAGGUGCCUGAAGAAGAAUUGUUGGCUCAAGCAAACUGUCUGUGGUGAUGCUACAUGCACUGACAGUUCACACCAAUUACAAUGAAAAGGCGUGAUAGCCAGUUUGUAUUCGUUCUCUUGGUGUAGGUGUGUAAUUGGCACGAAAAUAGAUUCAGGUCAAAACCUACACUGGAUAUACUGAAGCAAUCUGAUCUCUUACUGUCCAAUCCGAACCAUCAGUAUAUGAACUAAUUCCCAGAAUUUAUCAUCUGCUUCCAAGUUGCUCUGUUCCCCCCGCGUUAAAUGCUCGCACAAAUUCAUGAUACACAUCAUAUUUCAGUUAGUAAUUCAUGGUUGACAACAAAUGCUUUAUGAGAAAUGUUUCCCAGUUGUAAUCAAUAUGAAAACAUUGUGGAAACAAUUUGAUUGAUCGUGGACCUUGUACUUGAUGUACUUUUUCUUCCUUAUUGUUGUCUUUUCCAACUCUUCUGAAAGUUUUGACUGAUUUUAAGUGUACGAUUUCAUGG